GCACCAACUUUCAAUCUCCCUAUUAUAAGCUUUAUACACACCAAGUUGCCCUGUUGAGUUCCAGCUUUCUCUUCAAUGGCAGAAAAUAUUCUUUUCAAUAUUGCUGAAGCAAUUGUUGGGAAGUUGGGUUCUUUUGCUCUCGAAGAAAUCGGAUUGCUUUGGGGUGUCAAAAAUGAUCUCCAAAAGCUUAACCGCACCAUGUCUACAAUCAAAGAUGUGCUUCUCGAUGCAGAGGAGAAGCAGACACACAACCAUCAAGUUAGAGGUUGGCUCACCAAGCUUCAGGUUGUUGUGUACGAUGCUGAUGACUUGGUGGACAAGUUUGACUUUGAAGCUUUGCGGCGUAGAGUAAUGCCUGGCAAUGAAAUGAGGAAGCAGGUUUUAUUAAGGCAGACCAAAACCAGUCUCCAGAAGAUAUUGGUUAUCGAUAUUUUUUGGAUCUACUAUGGAGAUCCUUUUUUCAAGAAGUAGAGGAAGAUAAUUUUGGUAAUAUCAGGAGGUGCAAAAUGCAUGAUCU